AUGGAUCCUGGAGUUGAGAACAGUUUGUCGAUAGAAGCAGUUCAGAAGGAGAGACGAAAUCUGGGACAAGAGAUUUACUGGCUUGAUGCUUCGGAACCCCACUUGAACUCAACCCCAGAAACAGUCGCAGGUAAGGCUAAUGAGAACACAAGAAACAGAGUAUUUAUAUAACUCAAUCACCAUGCAACGACAUGCACGCCAUGAUUAAUAGUUCCCUCAUUAAUCGCUGGGACUCCUUUGUCAUUCGACGAUCGCCUGAUAAUCUGCUUUGCUGGUUCUUGGCGUGAAAACUACUUGAUAAUUCGGUUCACUGUCUUGGAAGUGUUGGUCGUCCGUCCUCCCUCACAAGCGUGCCCAAUGUGUUUGCCAAGGCAAAGUCCCAGCAUGGAAUAUUAAGCGGGACGGUAGCAUUGUUUUACGUUUAUUCCCUAGGGUCUGGCGGUAGGGACCAUCGAAUCAGUCCUGCUGAACAAAUGCGCUGAGACGGUGAAUCGCCUCGAAAAUACCCAAAUCCUCCAAGUCUUGAUGCUCUGCAUCAGGACGUACUUCACCUUCGACGGCACAAUCUUCAGUGGGUUCACUGAGUUCGGGACUCAUAACCGAGGCGGUGAUCCAGCCCUUGGAUUCACUGGUCUUCCGACGCCACAGACCAAAAUUCUGGGCUCGGUAUAUGGAUGAUACCUUCGCCGUCAAUGAAAGGGAUCAGGUGACAACAUUAGAAGACCGUCUCAACCCCAUCUCCCGAACACACGAUUCACCAUGCGGGAGAAAAAACCACCAGCUGGCCUUCAUCGCGGUUCUCGUCUGUCGCAAAGACUGUGAUGGCCUAAAAAGUAAAGCGUUUAGGAAGGAGACUACUACGACGCAAGUUCUGAGUCACAACAGCAGCCACCCAAUUAGCCGCAAACGCAGUUGAGUAAGAGCGCCAUAUCGGCAUGUUCAAGGGCACAAGGUUGCUCAAAUACGAUACUUUCAAGGAGUGAUUAGAGAGAAUGGUUACCCGCAGAACCGGCUCAUGCGCAGACAAGAAAAGAGAUACAAUCGGACCAACCCUAAAUUUUGCCAAGCGUUCUCGUACUGGACGAAGCCUGCUCACAUAAGUUUCAGUUGGAUUAGGCAGCUUGCGGAAUAUGUUCUCCAGUGCUGCGUCGCGUAUCAUUUCCUGUUCGCGGGCUUGUUGAGCUAUCCUCUGCAGGAGCAGAUUUGUAUCGAUCUCCUCCAUGAACUCACGGCAUCUGGUCUUUUCUUGGUCAAUCCUUUGACGGUACUUGCGAAGUCUCGCGUGACAAUCUUGGAGGAGCACUCGGAUCAUCCUUCUGCCGUGCUGAAAUACUGCUCGUCUCGCCAAAUCUGUGUUAACCGGGGCUUGUAUGAAACACAUUUCGGCAACACAUUAUUGGUGAGACACCUGUGCAGAAACCGGAUCUGCGCAUACGUGGAGGCCUCCCGAAGGGCGAAGGUUUCCCAUCGCCGGGCCGAUUGCAGCGCAUCGCGCUCAAAUACAUUGCCAAUAGAAGCGAAGAGACGAGUCCCAGGUAGCAGACUUGAAGAAGAAGAAGACACGAUCGACGGGACUUCCAAUAUCUUCCCGUCCAAUGCUCGGUGCUGAGACUUCGCCUAGGCGGAGAAAUUGGUCACGUGGGGAGCGCACAGGUCAGCACUUAUACCAACACCCGGGUCAGCGAGUCAGAUGGUCCAACAAUGAUCACACCAACAUCCAACGCACUUGAUGAAAUCGCAUCAAUUAACGACGCGAAUGUCGGUCAUCACGCCACUUUCAGCGAUCCCUGAUGAAAGGUGGAGGGGCUGGGGUCAGACGAGAGCCGUGAAUAUGCAUAGGUAUGCGGUAGCAUGGCGACUGCAUCCUAUAAAUACUGCAGUCCCUUGUGCAUGAAGAAACCGUAUCUACUUUUGCCUCUGAUGAUGGGUUUGAGCAGGAAUCCGAAACGUCAGGCGAUCCUGUCUCCUUCUUCAUGAUCUCCGUUUAUUAAUAAAUGCAAUGGCCUCUUCCCACCAUAUCUGGUCCCGAAGACAGCUUGGGUAGAGUUAUUACCCACUUGGUGAGUGGGCAUUCGGACGGUCUUCAAAACCAGAGUCGAUGAACCAGACGAUGGGUUUUUGGUGAAAAUUUGAAACGUCCUCCUUUCACCACUCCCUUCUACUUGUUGAUUGAACUUUAUCAGUCAUGUAUACCUUUUUGACAGAACUAGACUGAUAAAACCUGUGUCAGACUUGAACUCGUUGACUGACCACAUAUGUGCCUCUGUCAUUCAGCGCAUGAAAUCGUGUCUGCUAAUAAGGCAAAUAUUUCAGUCAUUCGAAUAUCGGAUUAGUUAACGUUUUCGUGCCUAGAAUGUAAGAAGGCAUCCGUUAAGCCAAUAAUUGAUAAUGACAGUGAACAUUUAUAGUGAACGUAUUUUAGUGAACGUUUUAUAGCCUAGAAUGUAAUAACGAAUCCGCUAAGCCAGUAAUUGAUGAUGACAGCUAAUUUAGUGCUGCCGUUUUUAACCGAAACCUUCUGCCUUCUGCGUGAGUCACCGAUUCCCGUCGGAUCCAAUGGUUAUAGAGGUCCUGUGGAAAAGUUAUCAAAAAAGUUCACUUAUCGGUUCAUGUCAACUAAGACAUUAAAGGCCCCUACCCUACAAGGAAGUGUUCAUAUCUUGGUCUGGUUGCCUAAAGACCGAUUUUUGAAAAUGGUGGCUUGCGGUUUUGAUGGCAUAAAUCGGUUUGUUUCUAUAAGCACACUGUAUGUAUUUGUUAGGCUAAAUACUAUUGCUGUAGGGAUGAGAAUGUUCCCAUUGGAGAAUUCAAAAGACAAUUUGACGAGCACACGUAAGUUUUUGAUAAAUUCUCAUCAGAAAUACGCAUUUGUAUUGCUAUCGACGUGAUUAAAAAGAAAAUGCGGGGAGAGGGUCUGGGUGGGUAAGGUGAAAAACAAAAUUACCGUCAGUGUCAGGGUGUAGAAGGGCAUGCCGGGCACUGGGACGAGUAAUUAUACGCAGAGGGCUAGCAUGGUGGAUUUAGCCCAUGGUGACUGUGGGGCCUGUACGAAGUUCUUUUGUGCGCUAUUCUGUUAUGCGAUGGAAGCGAACAGGUGAGUUCCAAGAAGCAGUUCAGAAGAAGAAGCGAUCACUGGAACAACAAAUUUGUUUGCUUGACCUAAUAGAUUCCCACUCGAACUUAUCAUCAGAGACGGUUACAGAUAAGGAUAGUAAAGGCACUAUGGCGCAGGACCGCAUACCUAUCAUAACUAGCGGCACAUUUGAUAACCGUUAGGUUUUGAAAUUUAUGCGAUUUAUGGCAUCAUCAGCGCCUACGCUCCGCCGGUGACCAACCCUGACGCCGCAAGAGACAAGUUUUACGAGGACCCGCACGCCCUGCUGGGGACUGUGUCAAAGGCGAACAGGUUGAUUGGCCUUAAUGACUUGGUGGCCGUUCGCGUCUCCUUGCCCUCCUCCUCUGUCACGCUGCAUUUCUGUCCGCCUUACACUCCCUGUCAAGUCGCUGCUGAGAUGCGCGUGGCUUGUCACUAGCCUCGCGAGUGCUCCCGGCUGGCGGACGCGGGGACAACGAAAAGCGCAAACACGCCCUGGGUCUCAGCACCUCGAAGCCGGACACAGACAACAACUGGCCUGGAGAGCGCGCUCGUGGCGAUUGCCCACAGAGCCUUUGUGUACGCACUUCCUCAACAGUAAAGGUUGUCCGACUCACUCCGUCCUCCCGGACUUUUGAUUGGGAAUCUUUAUCUUGUUAACUACACUACUUCUGACAAUUGGUGACUCCCUUGCGAACAGCCGUCUUCCUUCUUCCGAAUCUACGAUAAAGUCAGGCAUUUAUCAUGGACAAUUUUCCACCGGAAGUGUAGCAUAUUUUAACACCCGUCUUCGGCGUUCUUUCGGCCGCGCAGCAUACUUAGAUGGCCGAUCGGCUUAUGGAGAUGCACGGUUUUUAUAAACCAUUUAUUUCAGCACUGUCAACUUCCCCAAUUCCUCCAGCGCCUCCAAUUUCGCAGUUUGAGAUCGAACUCAGCAAGCCCGCCGAUGAUAUAACUUCUCUCCAGAAGUAGACAGUCUCUCCCUCAUCUCGUAGCAAAACCGAAGCCGUCCACCCUGCUUGUCCAGUCUUCACAUUCAGCACGUUCAAACGCAGCUGCCAUCUGCUGGUACCACACCACAUUUGGUGUUAAAACCCGUCACUGCAUCUCUCCCUGCUCCUUCACCUUCAAGCAGAGCAAACGGGAAGGUCAUUGCAGCCAAUCUUCCCGACAGCUCUAACCAUGGUCGCACAUUUUACGUCCGCGACACCCGGAGUGGCAGAAGUUUCUUGGUUGACACUGGUGCCCAGCCAAGCGUCAUUCCACCCACACCAGCUGAUCGUCGGUGCCCCAAUCGCAGUCCUUUCCUACAGGCCGUAAACACCUCGCCAAUCGCUAACUUUGACAGCUGCUCCCUCUCUCUGGACAUAGGUCUCCAGCGUAUUUUCCCCUGGGGUCUUCGUCGUCGCUGAGAUCCCCUGUGCCAUUCUCGGUGCAGAUUUCCUCGGCGCUUUCGAUCUUCCGGUCGACUGCCGUCAGUCACGUCUAAACAAUAAGUCCACCAGCCUCCCUGUCCGGGGUUUCUCUUCCCCUGACGUUUCUCGUCAACUCGCUGUCUUGGACCCUGAACCCAGAAAAUCCAUUUCGGCAACUCCUCGCCAAAUACCCCGACCUCACUCGUCCCAACUUCAACGCUUCUAUUCCACCACACGAUGUUGUUCACCACAUUCGGACCACUGGCCCUCCCGUGUUUUCUCGACUAUGCCGUCUCGCGCCUGCACGUCUUGCUGCCGUCAAGGCAGAAUUCGAACACAUGCUACAGAUGGGCAUCAUCCGUCAAUCUGAAAGCCCAUGGGCCUCACCCCUCCACAUGAUCCCAAAGGUCGCCACUGGUGAGUGGCGCCCCUGCGGUGAUAACACGGCCCUGAACAACAUUACUGUCCCGGACAGCUACCCUCUCCCACAUCUUCAGGUUUUUGCCAGUGUCCAUUCAGCAAGUCUGUGUUUUCCAAGAUCGAUCUGGUCCGUGCUUUCCAUCAAAUUCCCAUCGCCCUAGAGGAUCUUUCGAUGACGGCCGUCACCACCCCCUUUGGCCUCUUUGAGUUCCUGCGCAUGACGUCUUGACUCCGCAACGUCUCACAGACCUUUCAGAGGUUCGUAGACAGAGUGCUUCGCGGCCUACCAUUUGUCUGCGCCUAUAUCGACGACUUUCUGGUAGUAACCUCCACCGCCUAAGAACACAUGGAGCAUUUGGCAACGGUGUUUGAUCACCUUCAACAAAACAACGUUGUUUUUAACCCGUCUAAGUGCGUCUUCGGUGUUUUCCCCAUCGAAUUUCUCGGUCAUCUGGUCGACUUCCGUGGCAUCCAUCCUCCUCGCUCGAAGGUUACGUCCAUCCGUGAUUUUCCUCCUCCCUCUUUCAAACGUCAGCUGCAGCGAAUUCUGGGAAUGGUCACUUUCUACCGCCGUUUCAUCCCUCACUGUGCCGGCACCAUGCUGCCGCCCACGAGCCUCCUCUUGGUUUCCAAAGGUUCGUUCGAGCUGUCUGCAGACCCCCUCACUGCUUUUGAUAAGGUGAAGGCUGCCCUGGCCGACGCCACCCUCCUUACCCAUUUUUCUCCCGAAGCUCCCAUCUCCUCUAAUGUUGCAGUAGGCGCGGUUCUCCAACAGCACCUUGCAGGUCGCACCUAACCCUUAGCUAUCUUCUCCAGUAAGUUAUCACCUGCCGAGACGCGCUAUAGCAUAUUUGGACGGGAGCUCCUUGCUGUCUUCCUCACCGUGAAACACUUCCGGCACUUUAUGAGGGCAGGAACUUCACUGUCUUCAUGGUUUGCAAGCCCAUUUCGUUAGCUCUCAAGCCCACGUCUGAUAAGCUGAAGCCCCGGAAAAUUCGCCAACUGGACUACAUCUCACAGUUUACCUCAGACAUCUGCCACAUCGACGGGUCACGCAAUGAGGUGACUGACGCACUGUCCAGGCCCUCCAUCGCACAUAACCAACUUUCACCGGGGAUCAAUCUAGCUAAUGUGGCUGUCGAACAACUCCGUGUCGAUUCACCCUGUGAUGAGGAUGUUUCCAGACUCCAACUUCAGGAACUACCACUAACAACUGGGAACGACACCAUUUUAUGCGACGUAUCCACCCCUUCCAAUCGUCCAUUUGUGCCACCAUUUCUCCACCGCAAAGUUUUCUCCUCCCUUCAUAACCUCUCUCACCCUGGGAGUCGAGCAAUCGACAAGCUGGUUUCCGACCGCUUCGUUUGGCCUGGGAUGCACAAGGACCUCAAGGCAUGGACACGGGCUUGUAUGGCACUGUCAACGGAGUAAGAUCCAGCGGCACAACAAGGCCCCCAUUUGCACCUUCCCCGGUCCUGGUGCAAGGUUCAGUCAUGUUCACCUGAACAUUGUAGGCCUCCUGCCUCUUUCCAAUGGCUGUUCCUAGUUACUUACCUGCAUGGAUCGAUUCACACGGUGACCGGAAGCUAUUUCACUGCCUGCUGUUGCUGCUCCAAUGGUCGUUAAAGCUUUCCUCAGUCGUUGGGUUGCCAUUUUCGGUGCUCCCUCCACUAUCACGACUGACUGCGGUGCCAAAUUUCAAUCUAACCUCUUCCAUUCUCUUUUCUUCUUUUAGGCUGUACUCGCAUCCACACUACAGCCUAUCAUCCGGCAGCCAAUGGGAUAGUCGAGCGGUUUCACCGUCAGCUGAAGGCCUCCAUACGCGCCGCAGACGAUCCGGAGAACUGGACAGACUACCUCCCUAUAUUCCUGUUGGACAUUCGCUCCUUCCUCAAGUCGGACCUUGACUGCUUUGCUGCUGAACUCGUGUGCGGCGCAACCGUCCAACAUCGAGGUCAGGCGAUCUCGCCAACCCCGCCAGUAGCACUUGAGGAUCCUACCAACCUCCUGCAUCGCCUCCGGCAAUUCAUGCGGACUAUUUCCUUGGUUGCGCCCAGGUCAUCUAACUUCGAGUCUUACCUCGAGAAAGACUUGGCGACAUGCUCUUACUUCUACCUCCGAUGUGAUCGAGUCCGCCGGCCCUUGGAACCACCCUACGACGGCCCCUUCCGAGUUAUCUCUCGUGGGACGAAGAACUUCCGCAUCCACCGCUGA